UUCUUCAUCGUCAAUAUCCACGAUGGGAAAGUAUUUUGAAGGAAAGGCUCUUGAGGACGAUCUAUGCCCAGGCAGCCUUGAGGAGAAGAUUUCAGUGUUUUAUGCGGGAAAUUCAGAGGAGUUUGAUCGUUCUUUAGAGGGUAAUAAUGAGUCUGAUCACGAAGGUGACGAUGAUUCUGAUAGUAGUGACUCAUACGAUUCCACAGAGAGGAUCGAAUACUGGGAAUUGCAGGGGACCAUUCUUCAGGAAGUGCUGGACCACAACUGCUUGACGGGAUCAAAUUUACAGCGAGAAGUUAAGCGAGCCUUGGAGACGGUGAGAGCGACAUGCUUGUGCCAGUGUUCCAAGCAAAGAUACGGUGAAUGCGGUAGCUGUUUACGCCGAGCAGUUGUUAAUCAGCUUUGCAAUAAAGGAUUCAAUGCAGGCUUAUGCACAUCUAAAUGGAAAUCCACAUUAAAAACCCAAGGAGGAAUGCAUGAAUACAUAGAUGUUAUUGUAAAGAGCGCAGGAAGAAAGAAAGAAACCCGGCUCAUAAUUGAACUGGAUUUUCGGGAUGAAUUUGAGAUGGGGAAAGCAUGCAACGAAUACAAGAAGUUGAUAAACCAACUGCCGGAAUCUUUCAUCGGAAAACACGAGCACAUGAAUGCGAUCAUACGCAUCGUAUGCGAUGCAGCAAAGACGUCGAUGAAGGAGAAGAAAUUCUACAUGGGUCCAUGGCGGAAAAAGAGCUUCAUGGAGAUGAAAUGGCUUGGUCCUUACCAAAGAUGGUAUUUCGAUCAAUCUUCGGUCGUUCAACCGGUUUCUUCACGGCAACUGCGAUUGCCAACAUCCUCCAGGUUCUGCUUUCAGCAGUUCUCAGCACCAACAGCACUAGAGGUCACCUGAAUAUCAGCAGCAGAUCGAUGUUUGAUCAAUUUUCCUAUGAUUUUUCAUCGAGCCACGCAGCAACUCUGCAAAAGCACUGUAUCUCCAUCAUAGGAGUUGAGAUUUUCUGCCAACAAAACAUCUUCCAACUCUCUAUCAACUUAAUCUGAUACUACACAUCUCAUAUGACGAGACUCUCAUAGGCCCACUAUGAAUUGUGGGGUGUGAGAUUAUAUUGGUAGAGGGUUGGAACAUGUUUUGUUGGAAAGGUGAUCCGGACUCCCAUAUAUAUAUAAUAGUAUUCAUGGAAGCCGUUGAGGUUGAGAUAUGUAUUACUAUUUUUUUUAACUACAAAUGUAGCUGCUUAUGGGCUGAUGAAUUUAA